AUGUGGGUCGCAAUACUCAUGCAGGAACGGCGCAGUACAACAUAUGGUCAACAAACACAUGGGUUGAAGAGAGCCGAUGCGCUCUGGAAGAUCAAAUUCCCCCAUGAGCCACCUCCGCCGGACAUCCCGCCAGAACCCCCGCCACCUUCACAACCCCCACCUCCGGCCACAACGUUGCCCCGUCCCAAUUCGCCUAAAGCAAAACUCCAUCCGUUUGCCUGCAGUAUUUGUAAACGAACAUUUCCGCUUCAAAAUGGAUUAACGCGCCACCUUAGAUACAUGCACAAUGUCACAUGUCAUGUCCCAGAGAGAAAACGCCCGCGAAUCGAUGAUCUGACACCAGAAGGACAAACAUUUCCCUGUGACAAAUGUGAUAUGAUAACGCGCUCUAAAACAGGCCUUAAAUCCCAUAUUAGAGCACGGCAUCCUGAGAACCCCCCCCCCCCAAAAAAGACGCACCUCGCCCUCAGCUCAUCCCACAGCCUGCUUCACUACGAUGCGCAUUCUGCCUCCGCGACUUUGGCAACAUUGGAGCUCUUGCAUACCACACAAAGUUUAAACACCCACCUGGAACUCCAAUUCUGCCAGCAACAAUACAAGUAA